CAAAGCAGAGAGAGGGAGAGAGAGAGAGAGAGAGAGAGAGAAAACAAAAUCGAACUCGCGGCCAUAAACGCCUCGCCCCCUUUUCGCCGACGAACCACUUUCGCGAAAAGUGUCCCACGGCAAUUAAAAGUAUAGCCGCGUGGCGAAAGGGCAUUACACUUCGCCUGUCCAGCAGCCGCGAGUCGGCGUACGGGCGACUCGACUCGAGAUCUGCGCGCGCGCUUAUAUUUCAUUCGUCCCUUGGUUUUCUAACUUUGAGGCGGCCCGCGGGAUCGCGUAGCGGUUUAACGACCACGCGUCAAACGAAACGCCUCUUCGUAUCCGCCGCCACUCAAAGUCGCCGAGCUUUGUCGUCGUCGCGCGCGGCCGCUGAGUUCGCUCGGGCAAACUUUCGCUUCGCGUCGUUAAUAUCGAAAUCGCUAUAAUCCAUCUGCGUGAAAGUCGAGGUGUCGGCAGGCGCGCCGUGGCUCGUCGUGAAAAGAAAAUCGUUGGAAAUUCCAAUUAAUUUUCUUUCUUUUCGUUGGCACUUUGAUUGGAGAAACAUCUUUUCGUCGAGCCGGAAAUAAGGCCGCGCGCGGAACGUUAGCCGGGUGAAAUCGACGGCUCGGCGAAUCUUUUCGAGCCGUCUUGAAAUUUUCGCGGUGCGCGUUACUCGCAAUAUUUUGAAAACUAACGCCUCGCGAUUUUCGACGUCCCAUUUGCCGGGGCUCUGUGUACAGUCGUGCUGGAAAUAAAGCCGAGAGAUUAUCGUUCCGACCAAAACGUGCCGGUAAAUCAAACAGCGUUUUUUUCUUCUUUUUUCUUUUACCCACCUUUUUUGUCCAGAUAUAGCUUAGACUGAUAUAUAAUUUCCUAGGGCGUUAUUGGUGUGUAUUUAGUCGCCACACUGACGCGAGUCUGAUACAAAGCGAUCAGGCCUUCGUUGACCGAUCUGAUUGGCGUUUAAGCGCACGGCGGGAAAAAAAAAGAAAGUGAAAAAUAGCACGUUUACGAGAUCUGCAUUAGUGUCCGCAAGGUCGAUUAUCGAGCGCUGUCGGUGAUCGUCGACCAAUCGCGACAGCGAUCGGCUUGAAAAACCGGAUUGGCAGUGGUAAUGCGCAGCAGCGCGCCCGUAGUUUCCAUCGAAGCUUCCGCAGGAACAGACUGUUGGCGUGGCGUCAUUCCCGAUUUUCCUCGAGUGCGCGACGCAUUAAUAUUCCGCAGCGAGAGAGGCGACGCUCGGCCCUUUCCAGUCAAAACGAAGCCACAUCCGCGGCGCUCGUUUAAUAACCACGCACAGAAAGAUAGAGCGAGAGAGAGAGAGAGAGAAAGAUAAAGAGAGACACGAGUCGACGAAAAUAAACCCCUUCCGCGUCUCCGCCUCCUCCUCUUCGUUGCGGCCGAGCGUGCGUGCAGCGAUCCCGCACGCGCGCGCGUUCAGUAGCGCGACGGCGAUGCUGUGCUGCGUGUCGCGGAAGGCAGCCGGCGGCUCGGACGCCGAGGCGGCGCGCUGCCGCGCCUCGGCCGAGCUCACGCGCUUCGUCGAGGUAUGCCGCGACCUCGGCAAGGCGCGCGACCGCGAGGACGACGCCCUGAGGCAGCUCGACCAGGCCGUGCUGGGCGUCGCCGCCGUCGCCGACAGCUUCGCCCGCUCGCCCAGGCUCGGAUCGCUGCCCGAGGAGAGCCUCCUCGACGCCCACUCGCAGCAAGCGGAAGCGGCGGCGGCUGCGGCGGCGGCGGCGGCGGCGGCGGCGGCGGCUGCGGCCACGGCGGGAGGAGCGCUGCACCAGUGCGCGGUGUGCGAGCGCAAGUUCGGCCCGCAGUCGUACGAGCGCCACGUGAGGAUCUGCGAGCGCACGGCGGCGCGCAAGCGCAAGCCCUUCGACUCGUCCAAACAGCGCAUACAGGGCACCGAUCUCGCCGAGUUCGCGCGCCGCGCCAAGCCCGAGGGCGCGCACGAGCAGCCGAGCAGGCGCGCCGCCCACGGCGCCGAGGACCGCCAGCUGUGCGCCGGUCGCCGCCAGAGCGCCAGCUGGAAGGAGAAAAGCGACGAGCUGAGGAGGAGCAUCCAGGCCGUCAAGGACAAGACGGUGCAGCGGACCGCGGUAGCGCCCUCACCGUCGUCAUCGUUUGGCCAAGGCACCCACCAUCACCACCAUCAUCAUCAACAGCAGCAACAGCAGCAACAGCAGCAGCAACUGCAGCAGCAGCAGCAGCAGCAGCAGCAGCAGCAGCAAUUACGGCCCUCGAGCCUGUCGCUCGUCACGUCGUCCGGGGCGCCGCAGCGCUCUAACGAGAAGGGCAGCUGUCCCACCUGCCAGCGGCAGUUCGGCGUCAAAUCGUACGAGCGCCACGUGGCCUUCUGCCGCGAGCGCGCCACGCGCCUGCCGUCCAGUCCGCAGGCCAACAACAACGUGGCCAAGGAGCGACUGGAGGCGCGCAUGAAGUACCGCGCCCCCGGGCUCAAGAACCGCAAGCCCACCAACAAAGAGAAGUACUCACCCGGCGGCGCGGCCCAGAUACACCAGCAGCAGCAGCAGCAGCAGCAGCAGCAGCAGCAGCAGCAGCAGCAGAGCAAGCUGCAGUCGCCGCUGAUGGCCAGGAGCAAAAACCUUGACAGUCCGAAGCUGCCCCAGCUGAAACGACCAGGACAGACGAAAGAAUCGGGAAUAUCAACGAGCGGCCCUCUCAAAUCCAGACCAAUGGAUCGUUCAAAUAGAAGCUCCGAUUCCCAAGAAUCCCUGAAUCCGCCAGCCCCGAGGCAACUGUUCGCUUCGCGCCGGCUCCUCCUGCUAUCCGAAGUCCUUCCCGCGAAAAUCCUUCAGCCGAAAGCCUCGUUGUCGUCGAACUCGUCGCAAGUGUCGUCCGCGAGGCUGGUCACGAAUUUCCUACUCAAGAACUCACCCGAGGAGGAUCCCUUCGUGCCGCGGGUCGAAAGUCUCAAGCAAAGACUGAAAAAGAAAACGAGAUUCAGGUCUCGCGGCAGUAAAAAGGCCAGGGCCGAGGAGGAAUACAGCGCGGAUAACAUCGAAACGAUCGAAAUCGCGGGGCAGAGGCGAGAUUACGUGACGUGGAGACAGAUUCGCGAGGAGGUGCGUAACAGCCCGAGCAACGCGGAUGCUAUCGAUAAAAUAGAGGAGCCGAUUCUUUCGCAUAGGACCGGCUUGUCGACCACCAGCCACGACGAAGCCAACUCGACCACCGACGAGUUCGAAACGAACGAGAAAAUGGUGCGCCGUCGCGAAACAGAAGAGUGCUUUGUCGUUGGCGGCGAGCGCGCAAACGAAACGAGCGCGGAUAGCGGAGGAAGGGCCGUUGGCGCGAUCAAUCCCGCGACCGAUGGAACUUGCACCGUCGACCGAGCCACGGGGCUCGCCAGUCCGUCCGCGGCAAGCGACGGCCGAGCCGACGCCAUCGCCGGCAGUCGAACGGUCGCGAACGCGAACGGCGAAUCCGACGGCGACGACGACGACGACGACGACGACGACGACGACGACGAUGACGACGAUGACGCCACCACCGCCGCCGCGUCGGUAGCCUCCAGCCGCACGUUCAAGCGCAGCGACUGCGAGGCCGCGAGCGUCCACGAGCUGACGAGCCAUCGGCCGGGCUCGCCGGCCGAAAUACCAACGCCGCGGGUUCGCGCGCAAACCGGGAGCACGAGGGAGAACGCCGAGUCGGGCGGCGCGGGCGGGAAGGACGAGUCGACGAUCGCAACCAAUAGAUUCAGAGAGAAGCUGCUCGGCCGGCCGAAAAAGUAUCUCAGCUUGCCGAACAUCGCCGAAAUGAGGCGGCCGUGCACGCCGACGGUGCCGCACCAGAAAGUCGAGCGACCCAGCUGGGAGCGACACGAUGCGAAUGAGCCGACGGCGAGGAACGACGACCAGCUGCGACUGCCGCGGAUCGAUUGCCCGACGCGCCGUUGCGCGACUUACGUGGUCGACAGACCCACGAGAGACGACGGACCCAAAGGCCAAGGCGCGGAGACGCGCGACAGCAAGCUGCUGUACGACUACUACAGGAACGCGAGCUUCAGCGACCUGUCGAGCGUCAGAACGGAAGACUUGCAAAUGACCGACGGCGACUGGGAAGAUUUCGCCGACGAGAACGAGAGCAACGCCUCCGAGCUGCUCAAAGAAAUCGACGCCUGCCUGGCUAACUCCAAUCUGAUGGACAGUCGAGAGUCGCUCGUCGCCGAAUCGACACGACAGUCGAGGUCGCGGCUCGAUCGCGCCGCGAGGAGAUGUAGGAACGCGAGAGCGAACAAAAGUUUCGACGAGCGGAACGCGGAAGCGUUGAACGCGAACGAGCUACGCUUUGAAAAGCCUAACACCCAAUUCGACAAGGACGUCCGCACGUGCACAAGAUUGGAUUCGAUCCCUCGCGACGUGUCUUUCUUACCUGCGAUCGUUGGCGGCCGAGGGACGGAGUACCGCCGAGGGAGACCGGCGAAAUCGAAGCCGCUGAGAGACAUCGCGGAGCGCGACACUUCGAGGGAGGACGACGAGGACGAGAGACUCGAGAGACUCGAGAGACUCGAGAGGUUCCCCAAGAGCAGAACGCGCUCGAGGACGGCGAGACGAAGCCAGCUGCUGAGGAGCUACGAGCGGCUGCCACGCUGCGAUAUCAACAGCUGCAUUCGUCGGCAUCCCAGCUUUUCGACGAUACUCAAACGUCGGACCGGCAACCAUUACGACCCGUUCUACCUUCUGGCCGAGCAGCAGAUGAACGACCUGUUCUCCGACACAUCGGACCAGUCGUCGACCGACGGCUCGUCGAUCUGUCCCCCGCAGAAAGCCAAUUCCAGCCCCAAUUUUCCACUCUCCCACAGCUCCGCCUUCGCCAAAUUCGCGAGCGACGGCUCCGGUGCCGCAGACGGCGCGCCCCACAAGCAGUCGCCGUCGGUGCCAACAGCCGCGACAGACAACAAGCAGCAGCAGCAGCAGCAGCAGCAGCAGCAGCAGCAGCAGCAGCAGCAGCAGCAGCAGCAGCAGCGGGCUUCGGUCAUUGCUCCGCCCACAGCUUUCGACGAUCUGACCUCGUCCGACCUGUCCAGCGACUGCGCCGAGACGAAUUCGCUGUCGCGCGAGCUGCUGAGCUCCUCGUCCAACUGCAAUUCCCUCGCGAGCUCGAGGCUGGCGAUGAACGGCGAGCACGUGCUGGGCCGGCGCCUGAUCAUCGAUCAGAACCAAGCCCUCGGCGGCGGCGAGUUCGCGCCGUCGAGCGACGCGACGAGACCGCCGGCGAACAGCCUCGGUUGCAGGUCCGGCCGCGCCGCCUCGGCGCCGCGGCCGCCCGAGCGCGCCGCGGACUUGGCACGCGGCGGCAGGCACCGCCCGCGGCACCAGAUCAACGCCAGCCACGUCAGCCUCAACUCGAUCAUAUCGUCGAGCGAGCUGGAGAUGAAGCGCUCGGCGUCGCUGUUCGACGAGCUACUCAGCUCGUUCGAGGAGGACGCCAACUCGACCUCCACCCUGCCGUCGCUCGUCUCACUCAUACGCCACGACCCGUUGUUGUCUAGCGCGCCGCAGCAGAACGGCCAUCGGCAGGCCAGCAACGCCAGGAGCCAGUGCAGCGACGACGACGCCGCCGAGCUCUCCUCGCCCGAGAGCGCCAAGAGGCAGGAGUGCGGCAAGCUCAGCGCCGACUCGGCUUACAGCAGUCUAAACCGCAAAUAUUCCAACCACGGGCGGAGCGCCAACGACCUGAGCAACGGCGCCGCUCCGAUCGGCAAAUACAAGAUGUCCAAGUUCUGCCACGAGUGCGGCUUCAAGUUCCCCGACAGCGCCAAGUUCUGCUGCGAGUGCGGCGUCCUUGGAUACUUCUAUCGGCUGGGAGAAAAGCAAAUACGUGGUUCGCCGUCGCGGUUGCACGAACGGGCCAAAAUGUUGAGAGUUUUGAGAUCCGCCAGCAGCUUACUGACCGGCUGGCCGAGGCGAGCGAGGGCAGCGAGCAAGGGCGGCCUGCACGUGAACGCGAGCACGACGGACAAGGUGAAGUGCGGGGACGAGGGGCAGAAGUACUCGCUGGUGGAGCACUGCUACGACGUGGUGAUCGUGGGCGCGGGCGGCGCGGGGCUGCGCGCGGCCUUCGGCCUGGGCAGCAAGGGCUUCCGCGUGGCGGUGAUCACCAAGCUGUUCCCCACGCGGUCGCACACGGUGGCCGCGCAGGGCGGCAUCAACGCGGCCAUCGGCAACAUCGAGGAGGACAGCUGGCUGUACCACAUGUACGACACGGUCAAGGGCUCCGACUGGCUGGGCGACCAGGACGCCAUCCACUUCCUGACCAGGGAGGCGCCCAAGGCCGUCUACGAGCUGGAGAACUUCGGCUGCCCGUUCAGCCGCACCGCCGACGGCAAGAUCUACCAGCGCGCCUUCGGCGGGCAGUCGCUGCGCUUCGGCAGGGGCGGCCAGGCCCACCGCACCUGCGCCGUGUCCGACCGCACGGGCCACUCGGUGCUGCACACGCUCUACGGGCAGAGUCUGCGCCACGACGUGCACUACUUCGUGGAGUUCGUGGCGCUGGACCUGCUGUUCCACGGGCGCUGCUGCAAGGGCGUGCUCGCCUGGGAGCUGGAGACGGGGCUGCUGCACCGGUUCCGCGGGCACCACACGGUGGUGGCGACCGGCGGCGUGGGGCGCUGCUACCAGUCGUGCACCGGCGCGCACUCCUGCACGGGCGACGGCAUGGCGAUGGCGAGCCGGGUCGGGCUGCCGCUGCAGGACAUGGAGUUCGUGCAGUUCCACCCGACCGGCAUCUACGGCGCGGGCGUGCUGGUGUCGGAGGGCGCGCGCGGCGAGGGCGGCCGCCUCGUCAACUCCGAGGGCCAGUUCUUCAUGGAGAAGUACGCGCCCAACGCCAAGGACCUGGCCUCGAGGGACGUCGUCUCGCGGGCCAUCACCGUCGAGAUACACGAGGGCAGGGGGGUGGGCCCGGACAAGGACCACAUGUACCUGCAGCUGCACCACUUGCCCGCCGAGACGAUCCGCUCCAAGCUGCCCGGCAUCUCGCACUUGGCCUGGGUGUUCGCGGGCGUCGACACCGAGAGGCAGCCCAUCCCCGUCAUACCCACGGUGCACUACAACAUGGGCGGCAUAGCCACCAAUUACCGAGCGCAGGUGCUGACGAGGGAGCACGAGCGGGACGUGCCGGUGGAGGGGCUCUGGGCGGCCGGAGAGACGGCCUGCAGCUCGGUCCACGGGGCCAACCGCCUCGGCGCCAACAGCCUGCUGGAGAUCGUCGUGUUCGGCAAGGCCAUCGCCGACAACAUCGCCUGCGUCAGCCGGCCCGGCGAGGCCUUCGACGAGCUGCCCUCGGACAUCGGCGAGGACGCGAUAUGCCGCUUCGACGCGACCCGCCACGCCCAAGGCUGCAUCCCCGUGGCGGCGCUGCGCGGCAAGAUGCAGCGCACCAUGCAAAAGUACUGCGGAGUGUUCCGGACGUGCGACGUGCUGCAGCGCGGCUGCAAGGAGAUGACCAAGCUGUUCACCUGCGAGCUGCCGGAAGUUUGCGUCCAGGACCAGUCGCUCGUUUGGAACACCGAGCUGGUCGAGGCCCUGGAGCUGCAGAACCUCAUGCUGUGCGCCAUGCACACCGUCUACGGCGCCGAAAACCGCAAGGAGUCGCGGGGCGCGCACGCCAGGGAUGACUACAAGGUGCGCGUAGACGAGUACGACUUCUCCAAGCCCAUCGCCGGCCAAGAGAAGAGGGCGCUGAGCGAGCACUGGCGCAAGCACACGCUCACUUGGGCGCAGGAGGACGGCUCGAUCUGCAUAUCCUACCGGCCGGUAAUCGAUACGACGCUCGACGACACCGAGGCGCAGCACGUGCCGCCGGCAAUCAGAUCCUACUGAGCUGCGUCGAGAGCUUCAAUGGAGAUGGACCGACUGGCGACGCUGUCUUUGUCUUUGGCUUUGUCUUUUCUUUUUUGUCUAGCGUUACUUUUUAUUACGCGAUAAUUAGCAUCGGGCUCUCCUCGAUGGAUUAGAUUAGAUCGGUUCGUUUGAGUAAUAAAAAAAUGAACGCUCGAUCGUUGAGUUAUCUUGUGACCUUGGCUCCUUCCUCGCUGCAACGAGUCGCUCUAAACUUAUUUUCUUUGGAAGCGCACUGUCGCUCGCUACAUUUUUCGUUGCUCUAACGAUAUUCAUUUGCCAAAUUCACAUUCUCAGAAGCGAAGGAUCGAAGCCGUGCUGCUUUAAUCGUGAAUAGAUAACGAGGGCCACCCUCGAGGCAGCGUGCGAACGAAGACAGAGGGAAGUAGCGUCCGUGGGAGGGGAAAAGUCAUUUCCAGAUUUUUCAUGGCUUUGAUUUAGUCGAAGACACCGAAGAGCCAACGAUGCUUUGGAGCAACGAUCGUUUAAUUCCGUCUUUCUCAACAGUUCGGCAAUCGUGUACGAGCUACUAGUCAUGAUCGCCGCUCUUCUAACGCCAUUCGUACUGGCUCCGUAUCGGAGCAUCGCUCGCUACAAUUUCUAUCACUGCAACGAGAAUAGCAGAUGGGUAAUAACGGACGGCAAGUAAAUAGCAGUUCAUCUCUGCUCGUUGUUCGGCGUUUGCGAAUGUUGGCUUGAUCGAAAAACAACCGAGUUGAGUAUCGAUUGCUCGGCAAGAGGCCUGACCAGGCCGCCGAAAUUGUACAAACGUACAAAAUUGGAUUUCUGCGAGAGUACACUGCAACGAGUUCCGGACUUGACAAACGAAAGAUACGUGCUCUUGUGCAGAGCCUAAAUCUCACUGGGAAGCGCAUUAAAGACGUCGACAAAGAUUCCAUAUCCCCGAAGUUGGAGGUUCUACUUCCGAGAGACAACCGAAUUUCGCGCAUCGACAAAACUUAACUGGACGCGAUAAAAAAUGUAUCAAAUUUCAAGUGGUUGGACUUGGAGAACGAUCCGUUGGCGUGCGAUUGUAAAGCAGCUACCGUCGUGCACUUCGAGCGCAAUUCAAACGUUACCGGACUUGUUCAUCUAGCCUCUACCGACGCAGAUAAACGAGCGAAAAUUACGUCGACAAACGCGAUAUGCCCAUAUAAACUAGCGCAUUUCUUCAGUCGACUGCGAGACGAAUAUGAACAGGAAGCUGAGGCGAUACCUGUGGUUUUUUAAUGUUAUUGUUAUCAAAUCAGAGUGAAAAGUUAUGAAGUUUAAUCAUACGACAUUAUAAUGAGAUGCCUAUGAUCAUCUG